UGAAAGUGGACUUCCGUAAUUUUGUCAGAAUGUUUUGGAUUUAAUGGGCUUUUUUUUUUUAGUCUGCACAGCUGAAUCUUCAACAACGUGUCUGUAAGCAGCUGGAACUAUGUUUCCAAAGAUUUUUUAUAUAUGUGUGAAAUUAUUCAGCGCUAUGCACGUCGCAUCAUCUGCAGACCUGCAGCUUGGCAUGCCAAAUGUUUGCGCCAACCAGGAGGUGUCCAUGUUGGGGGUCCGCCAGCCCUGUGUUCAGGCUUUUACCCGCAUGAUGCAGGUGUGGAAGCAGGGCUGCACAGGCCGCAGAUGGUGUGUGGGAUUUGAGAGAAGGACUGCAUACUACACAGCAUACAGGCAAGCGUACAGCAUGGAUUUUCACACAGUCUAUAAAUGUUGUCCCGGUUGGGGUCAUAAAGAUAAUGAGAUGGGCUGCCUACAUAGGGUGUGCAGUGCUAAUGCCUGUCUUAAUGGUGGGAGAUGUGCAGAGACGGGGGAGCGUAUUUGUCACUGUCCAUUAGGUUUCAAAGGUCCCCGGUGCCAGUAUGACAUUAAUGAAUGUGAAGUGGAUGAAGGCGGCUGUGAGGGUUACUGCUGCAACACCAUUGGGAGCUACUACUGCAAAUGUCCUGAAGGCAGCAAAGUGGGGCCAGACGGCAAGGCUUGUAAUGAUAUAAAUGAGUGUGAUGAGCUCAAUGGAGGAUGCCAACAAACUUGUGUCAACACGGCAGGUUCUUAUCAUUGCGAGUGCAGCGAGGGAUUCCGUAUGCACUCUGAUGGUCGAACCUGCGUUGCUGUAAAUUCUUGCUCCAUUUUGAAUGGAGGUUGUGAGCACAAGUGUGUGGAUGUGGGAAACAAUGAGUACAAAUGUGAGUGCAGAAGGAACUACCAGCUGAAACGAGAUGGGAGACACUGUGAACUGAGGGACCUCUGUAAGGAGAGGAAUGGAGGCUGUGCACAGUUCUGCAACUCCGAAGGCGGUAAAGCAAAUUGCAGCUGCCGUUCUGGUUUUAUGUUGUCUGGAGACCAAAAAAACUGUGAAGACAUUGAUGAGUGCAGCUCUGGUCAUGCAAAGUGUUCCCAUGGUUGUAUCAACAUGCUGGGCUCCUUCAGAUGUGUGUGUCAUCCUGGUUUUGAACUCGGUGCGGAAGGCAAGCAGUGCUACCGCAUUGAGAUGGAGAUUGUAAAUAGUUGUGAGAAGAACAAUGGGGGAUGCUCUCAUCAUUGUGAGCAUGUCACCAAUGGCCCCCUAUGCUCCUGUAACCAAGGCUACCGGUUGGACACAGACAGGAGGACCUGUGUAGAUAGUGAUGAGUGUUUGAGUGUGGAGUCCUGCUGCAGCCACCUCUGUAGAAACUACCCCGGUGGCUAUGAGUGCAGCUGCAGAGCAGGCCACAGACUGAGCCCAGAUGGCUGCGGCUGCGAAGAUAUUAAUGAGUGCCUAGCAGAGACCUCGGGAUGUGAACACUAUUGCAUCAACACCUUGGGAACCUAUCAGUGCUUUUGUCGAAUCGGCUUCCGCUUGGAUCUGGAUCAGCACUCUUGCAUCUCCCUGUAUGGCAGUGAGCUGGAUGAGGAAGAGGAGGAAGGGCUGGAGGCUGAGAGAUUGCCUGACCUGCUGUUUCGAAAGGCUCCUCAGCUCUUGCAUUACACGGCAGGCCUGCACGUUCGCCACAGCACUGAUAAUAAUGAUGAUGAUGAUGAUGAUGAUGAUGAUGGUCGUCAUGUUAGUGACAGCGACGAAGAAUUAGAGAUCCACAGAGAGCACAGGGGAGAGCUGAGGCUGGAAAGCACCAUAGUUUGCCUAGAGGGCUCCUUUGGGGAUGACUGUAGUGUGAGCUGUGACGACUGUGUGAAUGGAGCAUGUAGUGAAAACAUGGACCAAUGUGAUUGCUCGCCUGGCUGGACAGGAAUCAUCUGCAACGAGACUUGUCAUCAGGGGAGCUAUGGGAAGUCCUGUAACAGCAUGUGCCACUGUCUGAAUGGAGGCUCAUGUGACCCUGUGACUGGGAAGUGUCUCUGCCCUCUGGGGGUAAAUGGCCAGUUCUGCGAGGACGGUUGCCUGAGGGGCUAUUUUGGAAAGAACUGCAGACGAAAGUGCAACUGCCCCAACAAUGGACCCUGCCAUCGACUUUAUGGAGCUUGCCUCUGCUCUCUGGGAUUAUAUGGUCGUUUCUGCCACCUCGCUUGUCCCAAGUGGACCCACGGAGCAGGCUGUUCCAAGGAAUGUAAAUGUGUCCAAGAGCAAUCCAGCGGCUGUGACCCAAAAACAGGAAGCUGUUUCUGUAAGCCUGCAUAUCACGGUCUGCUAUGUGACAAAGAAUGUGAUCCAGGCUUCUUUGGUGCCGGCUGUGAACAGUCAUGUGACUGUCCAGGUGGAGGGUCAUGUGACCCUAAGACCGGACUGUGCAGCCAAAGAUGUCCUGCUGGGCUUCAGGGGGACCAGUGUCAACUGGCCUGCCAAACAGGAAACUAUGGCGAAAACUGCCGUCUGACCUGUGACUGCGGAGGAGCUUCCUGUGAUCCUGUAACUGGAGAGUGCGACUGUCCUGCUGGGAAGAGAGGAAGUUCUUGCCAGGAAGACUGCCCUGAUGGUUUCUGGGGACUGAAGUGCCAGUUUUCUUGCAGUGUUUGUGAGAAUAGUGGCUCCUGUAACAAGCAAACUGGUAUCUGCAACUGCAAGGCAGGCUCCAUGGGAAAUCUCUGUCAAGAAGCAUGUGAACCUGGUUUUUGGGGCCAAGGCUGCAUUGGAAGGUGUCAGUGUCAGGAUCGCUCUGUGGGCUGUGACCCGGUCAGUGGUCGUUGUGUGUGCGAACCAGGCUACACCGGAGACAACUGUGAAGACAAGUGCGUCAAUGGUCAUUAUGGACAUGGAUGUGCUCAGAAGUGUCUGUGUAAGAAUGAAGCCCUCUGCGACCAUGUGAGUGGAGCCUGCAUCUGCUCACCUGGAUUCACCGGGUAUCUCUGUGAAAAAACGUGCCCGGACGGCUUUUACGGGCUUGACUGUGGCCAGAUGUGCGAGUGCAGGAACGGUGCCCGCUGCCACCACAUCACAGGAGCCUGCCUGUGCACCGCCGGCUGGGCAGGACCACACUGCAUUCUGGAAUGCCAAAAAGGUAGAUUUGGAGAAAACUGCGGUCAGACCUGUAAGUGUCAGAAUGAGGGCAGUUGUGACCACGUCACUGGGCGAUGCAGCUGCACAGAUGGUUGGACUGGAGCCCACUGCCAACUGUCUUGUCCACCAGGACAUUAUGGGGAACAAUGUUCUAACAAGUGUCUGUGUCAAAAUGGAGGCUUCUGUCACAGCGUGACUGGCCAGUGCUCCUGUCCACCUGGACACACAGGGGCUGCCUGUGAGUUAGAGUGUGAAGAAGGAAACUAUGGCGAGAACUGCACACAAACAUGUGGAUGUUUAAACGGAGGGAGUUGUGACAAGGUGACUGGAAAAUGUCUGUGUCUGCCUGGUUGGAUUGGAGAGAACUGUCAAUCAGCCUGUUCUGAGGGAUUCUUCGGGGACCGCUGCGAGCGGAGGUGCGACUGUGCCCACAGUUCCAGUUGCCACCACAUGACGGGUCGCUGUGAGUGUCGGCCAGGCUGGAGGGGAGCCAGGUGUGACAAACCCUGCCUUCCUGGGUUCUACGGCCCUUCCUGUGCCCGGCGUUGUCAGUGCCGCCCUGGGGUGCCCUGUCACCACAAGACGGGGAGUUGUGGCUGCCCAGCUGGACUCACGGGGUUCGGAUGUGAGAAAACCUGCUCUGUUGGCACGUUCGGACAAAAUUGCAGCCAGCUGUGCCGAUGCUCCGGGCUCCAGGAGCAGUGUGAUCCCGCGACAGGGAAAUGCAGCUGCUCACCCGGCUACUAUGGGCCACGCUGUGAGCUUCGGUGUCGAGCCGGUUCAUUUGGGCCAAACUGCAAGUCCAAGUGCACCUGCAUCAAUGGCGGUCGCUGUGACUUUAGGACUGGGACAUGCUAUUGUCAUCCGGGCUACAUUGGAGCUGACUGCAGUUCUCGUUGUCCAGGUGGAUACUACGGGAAGGAUUGUGCAAAGCUGUGCUCCUGUGCUGAAGGAGCGCAGUGCCAUCCAGUAACUGGAAGGUGCAUAUGUGGCCCUGGAAGGACAGGGGCAUCAUGCCAACAGGCUUGUCCAAAAGGACGCUAUGGCCUGCAGUGCAGGUACGCCUGUAGCUGUCAGAAUGGAGCUGUGUGUGAUCCUGUUGAUGGGUCCUGUAAGUGUGGACUGGGCUGGACUGGACCCCAGUGUGAGACAGCCUGUCCUGCAGGAAAAUAUGGCCCUGACUGUGCACAACACUGCCAAUGUCUUAACAAUGCAACUUGCAGACGUUUUACUGGCAGCUGCAGCUGUACUGCUGGGUACUACGGCGACUACUGUCAACAUGAGUGUCCUUCUGGAUUUUAUGGGUUGAACUGUCAGUUCACAUGUGACUGUAACAUGGGCCAAGCAUGUGAUCAUGUGACAGGCAAAUGUUUGUGCCCACCAGGCUUUUAUGGCUCACAAUGUGAAAGACAAUGUGAAAAUGGCAGCUUUGGACUGAACUGUAUGAAGUCCUGUAAUUGCGCUGAUGAGGCAUCAUGUGACCCAUCCACUGGUAGAUGUCUCUGUCUCUCAGGCCAGUGGGGAGAGAGAUGUGAAAAAAGCUGUGAUGGAGACCACUUUGGCCCCAACUGCUCCCUGUUGUGCCAGUGUUUCCAUGGUUCCCACUGUGACAGGGUAAACGGCAGAUGUCUCUGUCCGCUCACCUGGCUCGGAUCGACUUGUAGCAAAGCACGGCUGCACCAAACCUCAGGAGUGCUGAAUAUGUCUGUGUCUCACAGAAAUAGAAGAACAGGCAGCAAAACCACAUAACCCAAACAGAGGUGAAAAUUCCUGACUGGACACUCAAAGUCGGGACUUGGCUCUGCGUAGCUUUGCUCUGAUCAUCUUUGAGAAGCUUAUAUUGGAUCUAUGGAGCUGGUACUCGGUUGUCAGAGGCUGGCACUCCUUCACCGAGUCUGAGACAAUCAACCACAGAUACCAGCAUGUGAAAUGUUUCUGGAGGACCAUAAACUCAGGUCUGAUUCAAGGUGGUUUUACAAGCCCAACACACACAAAUACCUGCAGAACAGUUGAUACUUACAGUGAAUGAAAUUGGAUCCUUUUGACAUACAUUGAGUCAGUAAUGAUCUAUUUCACAAUAAAACAAUGAACUCAGCAAUUGUUCAAUAUCAUUCUUGCAUUUCAAACAAACUUUUAGUGUGUAGAAACAACGUUAUAAGAUACUUUAAAUUAAAACCAUUAAAAUAAGAGCAAUUUCGUAAUAUUUUUCAGAAGUAAAUGUACAGCUACCGGAGGACUCAAGCAAUAGAAGAAUAUUGUCGGGUACCAAAGGAACAAGAAAAGUAUUCUUACUUUUGGAAACUCCAGUCUUUGUGGGCUGGUGUCUUGCAAAUUUUAAAUGUCUCUCUUCUUCAGCACAGCUGUGUCCAAUAUUAGCUCAUUAGCAGAGCUUUGUAGAGGUUAACUGCAUGCUAGUGAGGCAGUUUCAACAUUUCAUUCAGGUGUCUAGGACAAGUGGCACAUCUAAACGUUGCAGAACUCUGGCCUUCGAGGACUGCAGUUUGAGACCACUGGUUUAUACACUUUGGAUUUCUUUGCGAUUGUAUGGGGUUGUUCAACAUGAAGUAACAGUAAAAGAAAAAUGUGAAUAGCUUUCAAAAAUCUAAAGUGUGUGGCAUGGAUUUGUAUUAAGCCCUCUUUAAACUGGUACCCUUUAAUAAAAUCCAGUGCAUCCAAUGAUUCAGACAUAGCUAAAUCAGAAGAGCCCACUUAUGUUUAAUUUAAUCUCAGUUUUAUUCCGGCUGUUCUGUGAAGAACUCAGGAGUUUGCUAAAAAAACAAAACAAAACACACACACACACACACACACUAGUGACGGAGUUGAAUCAUGAAGAUCAAGAAGCACAAACCAUAGGACAAGCCAGUCAAAUUUGUCCUAAAUGCAGAACUCUGCAUGGAUUUCAUGACACCAUGCUCAUGGUGAAACAUGGUGGUUAGAAAGUUAAAGUCCGUCUUGGUACGAGCAAAUUUUUCAAUCUGUUAGACGGUUUUUUCUCUCUUACAAUUGUCCUUUUUCUCAUAAGAUAAAACUUGUUUCCAGCUCCACGUCUUUGAAGUCAGAGUACAUGACGUGUACAGCCAAAGAAUGUUUUGUAUAUUCAUAAUAUUUAAGUAAAACCUUGUGUCUGCGUAAUUUUUUCCUGUUACAUAUUACAUGAGAAAAAAUAUUUUAGAUUAGUCAUUUUAUUGAAACAAUUUAGCUCAGGCUGUAAUGUAUCAUCUCUACAGUUUAUUUACUCAAAAACUCUACAAAACAUUGGAAAUAUAUUUUAUUUAAGCUUCUUUAUCAAUUAUCUUGUUGUCUUUUUGCUUAUAAUUAAAACACAAAUUCCAUUCAGUGGCCAA